AUGGUCUCAGUCUGCCAUUGGUUAUUUUUGGUGGCAUGCUUCACCGGCCUUUCAAUGUCCCUUAAGUGUCAUAUUGUCACUUACGGAAAUGUUUCGGACCCUUCAGCGCAGACAACUUCAAACUCCCUUCAGGAAUGUCCAAUUGGAGCCAACGCGUGUGUGAAAACUGUUGAUUAUAAUCGUGGAGUUUUUUCGAAACAAUGUCAAAUUGGCAAUUGCACGUCCUCAACUGGAAUGCCACAAGCGCCGGCUAAUUGUUUUAACAGUACCUCGAACAACGUGAUAAUGUCGACUUGCUGCUGCUACGGAGACGGAUGCAAUCCAUCAAGCAUUCCUUCGAAAUUUCUGGUUAUGGUGCUCGGUUGUCUUUUUCUGGUCUAA